AUGGGUAUCUCACGCGACUCUCGUCACAAGCGCUCGGCUACCGGCGCGAAGAGGGCCACCUACCGCAAGAAGAGGGCCUUCGAGAAGGGUCGCCAGCCCUCCAACACCCGUAUCGGUGCCAAGAGAAUCCACCUUGUCCGCACUCGUGGUGGUAACCAGAAGUUCCGUGCUCUCCGUCUCGAGUCCGGUAACUUCUCGUGGGGUUCCGAGGGUGUUUCCCGCAAGACCCGUGUCAUCGUUGUCGCCUACCACCCCUCCAACAACGAGCUGGUCCGUACCAACACCCUGACCAAGUCCGCCGUCGUCCAGAUCGAUGCCGCUCCUUUCCGUCAAUGGUACGAGGCCCACUACGGCCAGCCCAUCGGUCGCAGACGCCAGCAGAAGACCGAGACCACCGAGGAGAAGAAGUCCAACAGCGUUGUGAAGAAGCAGGCUGCUCGCUUUGCCGACCACGGCAAGGUCGAGUCCGCUGUCGAGAGACAGUUCGAGUCUGGUCGUCUGUACGCCGUUGUGUCGUCCCGCCCCGGCCAGAGCGGCCGCGUGGACGGAUACAUCCUUGAGGGUGAGGAGCUUGCUUUCUACCAGCGUGCUAUCCGCAAUUCCAACGCCUACCGCGACCCCCUCCCCCCAUCCGACAUCCUAAUCCACGCCGGCGACCUCACCAAAGUCGGCUACAGACACGAACACCUCACCAUCCUACAAACCCUGCUUUCGCACCCGGCGCCCCUGAAACUCAUCAUCCCCGGCAACCACGACAUCACGCUCGACGAGCCCUACUACACGCGCAUCGGGCACUACCGCCACAAAUACCGCACCGAUCAUACAGCCCCGUCGGCGACAUCAGGAAGCGAGAACGUAUCCGCGGGGAAGGCGCAGCCGGGACGGGUGGAAUCUCCGGCGGAGAUAAAGGAGUUGUAUACUGGGGCGGGGGCGCGGGAGAAGGGGAUUAGGUAUUUGGAGGAAGGGAUGCAUAGGUUUGUGUUGAGGGGGGGACGGGUGUUGAGGGUGUAUGCGAGUCCGUAUACGCCGGAGUUUUGUGAGUGGGCGUUUGGGUAUGAGAGGGGGGAGGAUCGGUUUAAUUCCCCUGGGGUUGGGCCGGUGAAUCCGGUGCCUGAUUAUCCGGGGGUGGAUAUUAUGGUGACGCAUGGUCCGCCGUAUGGGAUUCUGGAUCAGGUGGUACCUGGUCAUGUUAGUGUGGGAUGUGAGCAUUUGUAUAGGGCUGUUAAGAGGGCGAGGCCCAGAUUGCAUGUCUUUGGACAUAUUCAUGAGGGGCAUGGGGCGGUGCGGAAGGAGUGGAGUUCCGGGAAUGAGUCGAUGAUUCAGUGUGAUAAGGAGGAGAUGUUGGAGGAGAGGUGUGCUCAUGUCGAUGUUAGUGAGGAAGGUGGCAAUCCGUUGAGGCCCGGGGCAGAGACUCUGUUUGUCAAUGCCAGUGUUGUGACGGUGCAGUAUCAUGCGAUUAAUGCGCCGUGGUUGGUGGAGUUGGAUUUGCCAGUCGUUGAGCAGGCUCAAGAGGAAGAAUGA